AAGCCGAGCAAAAGUAGCGGAGGGGGGGGCGGGGAAGAAGAACACGAAGAUCGUGACCUUCCCCAACAAGUGAAGCUCGCACAUAUGUUGUGUAAAGCGUGUGCGCACCAGAGCCCCGCUGCGCGCUGUGUGUGCGUGUCUGUGUGUUUUGCUGCGGCUGCCCCUGCAGCCGCCGCGGCUGCUGCUGGGGUCGGUGCCUCUUGCAGGAGGCGCUGCUGGUGCCGGGGAGACGCAUCAUUUGGCUGAGGGAAGCGGUUAAUUGCUGAGCCCCGUCCUUCAUUUACAUAUGCAGCCUGAGUCCGCUGGAGCCGGGCCAAUCUGCGUUCGCCCCCAGCACCAUUAAUCGCCAUGCAUUAUUCACAAUCAUAAUUACCGAGCCCCAUGCGCGAUCCGCGCAGCCCCAGCUCGCAGCGCACGCUCCACAGCACCGCGCACACCCCGCCCGGCUAAUCCCCCAGCUUGCUCGCUCGGUUUGUCCCCCCCUCGACUUUUUCUUUGCGAUCAAUUAUUUCCAGCCCCCUCCCUCCGGCUACCCCCCCUCCCGCUGAUGCCUCUGCAAAAAGCAGCAUCCAGAAGCCGCAGUUAGCAGCAUGUCUCGUCGAAAGCAAGCGAAGCCCCAGCAUCUCAAGUCGGACGAGGAGCUGCAGGCGGAGGUAGUUUCUGAGCACGCAGUCCCAGGAGAAGGAGCAGAUGACGGUGAUAGUGGGAAUGAAAGCAGGAGUGGAAGUGAAGAAACCAACGUUUGUGAAAAAUGCUGUGCAGAAUUCUUCAAGUGGACAGACUUCCUGGAGCACAAGAAGAAUUGUACUAAAAACCCACUGGUGUUGAUUGUGAAUGAAGAUGAAGCAGCACCGCCUGCCUCUGAAGAAUUCCCUGAACCCUCGCCUGCUAGUUCUCCUAGUGAUCAGGCAGAGAGUGAGGCUGCUGAAGAAAGUGUUCAGCCAGAGAACAACGAGAGCUGUGAGAUAAAAAACACUGAAAAGGAAGAAGAGCCGAUGGAGGUUGAAACUUCUAUGGAAAAGAGUUUCCAGAAUCAAGGCACCUCAAGCACAGCUACUUCUCUACCUCAGAUUCCUGAAUCAUCUUCCAUGACAAAUUAUAACAUGCCAAACACUAAUGUUACAUUAGAGACUCUACUGAGUACUAAAGUGGCAGUUGCACAGUUUUCACAGAAUGCAAGGUCUGCAGCUUCUGCAAACACAAACAGUGGGGUUACUGCAAUGGCCAUCCCAAUGAUUUUAGAGCAGCUGAUGGCAUUGCAACAGCAACAAAUUCACCAGCUCCAGCUAAUUGAACAGAUCCGCAGUCAGGUGGCAAUGAUGAAUCGACAGCCGUUACGUCCUUCUCUGAACCCAAUAGUUCCUUCCCAGAAUACUCCUGUGCAACCUUCUAACCAGCUCCAAGGAUUUGCAGCAAAUUCUGCUCUUCAGCUAACCAUAGUUCCUCCUACCAUUGUGGGGCAAGCCACUAGCAAUCAGUCUUCUGCCUUUGAGGGUUCUCAGCACAUCUCAAGGCCUACAUCUGGAGCAAGCACUCCUAAUAUAGCCAGCAAUGGCUCUUCUGCCCCAGCUGAAUCAAGUGCAUCCUCCUCCUCUAAUGCAAUUACAUCAGUCACUCCUGCUUCUGUGUCAAAUACUAAUAGUUCUUCACAGCCCCCAAAUGCUUCAACUCCACCUUCAGUAGGACAUGGAAAUCUCACCUCAGCUUCCAGCCUGCCAAACCCACUUCUACCUCAGACUUCAUCAAAUAGUGUGAUCUUCCCCAACCCACUGGUUAGCAUUGCUGCAACGGCUAAUGCAUUAGAUCCUCUAUCUGCCCUUAUGAAGCACCGCAAAGGAAAGCCACCAAAUGUGUCAGUGUUCGAACCCAAGUCAAGCUCGGAGGAUCCAUUUUUUAAACAUAAAUGUAGAUUUUGUGCCAAGGUCUUUGGAAGUGACAGUGCUUUACAAAUACAUCUACGUUCACACACAGGAGAGAGACCUUUUAAAUGUAACAUAUGUGGAAAUCGCUUUUCCACAAAAGGCAAUCUGAAAGUUCAUUUUCAGAGACAUAAGGAGAAAUACCCCCACAUUCAAAUGAAUCCAUAUCCUGUUCCAGAAUACCUCGAUAAUGUGCCCACUUGCUCUGGAAUUCCAUAUGGAAUGUCACUGCCUCCUGAAAAACCAGUUACAACAUGGUUGGAUAGUAAGCCUGUGUUACCGACUGUUCCAAGUUCUAUUGGGCUACAGCUUCCUCCCACUAUACCUGGUGUUAACAGUUAUGGAGAUUCUCCAAGUAUUACUCCUAUGAGCAGGUCACCCCAGAGGCCAUCUCCUGCUUCGAGUGAAUGCACUUCUUUAUCUCCAAGCCUAAACAAUUCUGAAUCUGGCAUUCCAGUGUCUGCUGACUCACCACAACCAAUUCAUAGUGGCUCUUCUCUGACUAAAACCGAACCUGUCACUCUGCCUCCCACAAAUGCAAGGUUAGGAGACCUUACUGUAAGUGGGCAAGUUUGUACCGCUUCCACAUCUUCAAUUCCUACUGCUGUUACAGAUAGCAGCAUUUCAACAAGCCUCUCAAACCCCGUGCUUCCAGCAAUGUCUGACCAGUUCAAGGCAAAGUUUCCAUUUGGUGGUCUACUAGACUCUAUGCAGACAUCAGAAACCUCAAAGCUACAACAGCUAGUAGAGAACAUUGAUAAGAAGAUGACGGAUCCAAAUCAAUGUGUCAUUUGUCACCGUGUGCUUAGUUGUCAGAGUGCUCUCAAGAUGCAUUACAGAACACAUACAGGAGAAAGACCAUUUAAAUGCAAAAUUUGUGGACGUGCCUUUACUACAAAAGGCAAUCUAAAAACACAUUUUGGAGUUCAUCGAGCGAAGCCACCACUAAGAGUACAACAUUCAUGUCCUAUUUGUCAGAAGAAAUUUACAAAUGCUGUUGUUCUCCAGCAACAUAUUCGUAUGCAUAUGGGUGGACAAAUUCCAAACACUCCAUUACCAGAGGGCUUCCAAGAUGCAAUGGACUCAGAGCUUUCCUAUGAUGAAAAGAAUGUUGAAACACUGAGCAACUAUGAUGAUGACAUUGAUGAAAAUUCUAUGGAAGAGGACCCAGAAUUAAAGGACACAGCAAGUGACUCAUCCAAACCACUUAUAUCUUACUCCGGGUCUUGUCCUCCUUCACCGCCUUCUGUAAUUUCCAGUAUUGCUGCUCUGGAGAAUCAAAUGAAAAUGAUUGAUUCUGUCAUGAACUGUCAGCAGCUGACCAGUUUAAAAUCCAUAGAAAAUGGAUCUGGUGAAAGUGACCAUUUGAGCAAUGAUUCCUCAUCAGCUGUUGGUGAUCUCGAAAGCCAGAGUGCAGGCAGCCCUGCGAUGUCAGAAUCUUCUUCCUCCAUGCAAGCUUUGUCUCCUGUAAACAGCAAUAGUGAAAGUUUUAGAUCAAAGUCCCCAGGUCUUAGCAACCAGGGAGAACCACAGGAAAUACAAUUAAAGACAGAAAAACCUGAUAGUCCACCAUCUGCUGCUGAAAAUGGAGGUGCUUUAGAUCUGACAUCCACCAACCCGGGAAGACCAGUCAUCAAAGAGGAGGCUCCUUUUAGCCUGCUGUUCCUGAACAGAGAACGUGGUCCCAGCCAAAGUACUCCUAGCCUGGUCACCAGCACUGCGCCUACCAUGAUCAAAAUGGAAGUGAAUGGUCACAGCAAGCCGAUCUCACUGGGUGAGGUUCCCUCGCUUCCAGCUGGAAUCCACGUUCCUGCUGCACCACAGACAGUGAUGAGUCCAGGCAUCACUCCUAUGCUGGCACCCCCGCCACGUCGGACUCCCAAGCAGCAUAACUGUCAAUCAUGUGGGAAGACCUUCUCCUCAGCAAGUGCACUACAGAUACAUGAGCGCACCCAUACUGGUGAAAAGCCAUUUGGUUGCACAAUCUGUGGUAGAGCUUUUACCACAAAAGGGAAUCUUAAGGUUCACAUGGGAACUCAUAUGUGGAAUAAUGCCCCUGCAAGACGUGGUCGUCGACUAUCCGUGGAAAACCCAAUGGCUUUGUUAGGUGGUGACGCUCUGAAGUUUUCUGAAAUGUUCCAAAAGGAUUUGGCAGCUCGGGCAAUGAAUGUUGACCCAAAUUUUUGGAAUCAGUAUGCUGCAGCUAUCACUAACGGACUUGCUAUGAAGAACAAUGAGAUUUCUGUCAUACAGAACGGAGGCAUUCCCCAGCUCCCAGUAAGUUUAGGUGGAAGUGCCAUUCCAUCUUUAAGUAACAUUACCAGUGGCAUGGACAAAGCUCGCACUGGCAGCAGCCCUCCCAUUGUUGGUCUGGACAAAGCAAGUUCUGAAACUGGAGCCAGUCGUCCAUUCACAAGAUUUAUUGAGGAUAACAAAGAGAUUGGCAUAAAUUAAAAGCAUUCAGUACAAAUAACUGUUGGACCACUACUCAACACCACAUUUGUUCUAUUUCAUGUACAGUUUUUGAAGUUAAGAUUAGUUUCCUGACCUAAAUACAUAGGUUCCCUUUAAAAUUUUCCCAUAGCAAAAAUACGUAACUUUGUGGCUGCUGAAAAGUUGUCUUGCAAGAUCUGCAUGGUACUUCUUUCAACAGUGAGUUUGACUGUUAUUGAGAACUUUAAAACCUUUUUAAUUUAAGUUAACUAAAACAAAAAAAUCAUUGGAUAACUGCAUUAGGGACAGAAAGAGUCUAGACUAUGUCCACUUUGCUUCUUAAAAUAUUAAUAUCAACUGAGAAAAGGGGGCUUCACUAUGGCAUUCCUGUCAAACUUAUUUGCUGGUUUUAUUCAAAUUAGUUAGAAACUUGAACUAUGUUUUUAGGAAUCUUAAUCUUAAAUAAGUGAUUAGUACCCCAAUGCUGUGUGUAUUAUUACAGUAUCCUUGUCUGUAGUAUUUAUAAAGUUAAGAUUAUGCGGGUAACAGACAAUAUACUUGGCCCAACCUUAAAUGAAGCUUUUGUACUGCAAAAUACAUCUGGCUAUGUGAUUUUUUUUUUUAAGCAAAUUUUGGUUUACUAUAAAU